AUGGAAGUAGACAGUGUGGAGUGUCUCAGAAGAAGAAUCAAAUAUUACUUCAUGAAUCCUUGUGAAAAGUACCAUGCUCGUGGACGGAAACCAUGGAAACUUCUCCUGCAGAUCAUUAAAAUAGCCAUUAUCACAGUCCAGUUGGUGUCGUUUGGGCUGAGCAACCAAAUGGUUGUAACUUUUAAGGAAGAAAACGUCCUGGCAUUUCAGCAUAUUUUCUUGAAAGAUUUUGUCGAUGGGGGAAUCGCUACAUAUGCUCUUUACAAACAAGAAGAUGUUUAUGAUCACAUAAGAUAUGUAAUUGAACAGUAUAGACAUCUGCACAACACAACAGUAGGAAACCAUGAAUAUGAAAAAAAUGGCUCUGCCUACACACCCUUGUCUCUGUGCCAGGAGUUCUACAGAAAUGGCAGCAUCUACCCUGGCAACGACACUUUUGAAAUUGAUGCAAAUGUGGAAACGGAUUGCAUUGACAUCUAUCCAAUGAAUCGGUCGUCAUCGCCAGAGGUUGUCCCACAGUUUGAGUUGGACUUUAAAAGAAUGCUCUCAAUCAAAAUCUCAUUCGCUCUCAAAGCCAUCAAUUUACAGACAGUCAGACACAGAGAGCUGCCAGACUGCUAUGAAUUCAACAUCCUUAUCACUUUCAACAACGGAGCACACAGUGGCAGGAUAAAGGUGGACCUCGAAAAUGAUGUUGAGAUCAAUGAGUGCAAGGACUGGAAAGUAACCGGAGCAUCUGCCAAAAGCAUAUAUUUGACCCUGAUGUUUGACUGCCUCAUCAUCAUAACAUGCAUUACUUCCUUCGCUCUCUGCUUACGCUCAGUGUUCAGUGGGAUUCAGCUGCAGUUUGAAUACACACACUACUACCAAAACCAGAGUGGGAAAGAUGUGCCCUGGUCUGACAGGCUGGAGUUUGUUAAUGGCUGGUACAUCCUGAUCAUUGCCAGUGACUUGUUAACUAUCACUGGCUCUAUUCUAAAGAUUGAUAUUCAAACUAAGGUCCUGACAAGCUAUGAUGUGUGCAGCAUCUUUCUUGGUAUUGGCACCAUGUUUGUUUGGAUUGGGGUCAUCCGCUACAUGGGCUAUUUUCGCAAGUACAAUAUCCUCAUCUUGACUCUCAGGGCAGCUUUUCCAAAUGUGAUUCGUUUCAUCUGCUGUGCUGGAAUAAUCUACCUGAGUUACUGCUUUUGUGGAUGGAUUGUCCUUGGCCCAUAUCAUGAGAAGUUCCGUACCUUGAAUACUGUAUCUGAGUGCCUAUUCUCCCUGAUCAAUGGAGAUGAUAUGUUUCCCACCUUUAAAAAUAUGAAACAGAAGAGCAGCCUGAUUUGGAUGUUCAGCAGGGUCUACCUAUAUACCUUUGUCUCCCUGUUCAUCUACAUGAUCCUCAGCCUAUUCAUCACUAUCAUCACAAACACCUACGACACCAUCAAGCAACAGCAAAUGAGUGGGAUUCCUACAUCUGAACUCCAGCGAUUCCUUUCAGAGUGCAAAGACCUCCCAAACUCUGGAGUUUACAGACUUGACAAGAAUAGUUGCUUCUUGCAGUGCUGCAUGAACAAGUGCAAAGAGCAUCACGAGAGGUUGACUUCAAAUGAAUAG